UCGCGGGUGGGCGGGGCUAAAUGCUGGAAACAGCUGAUACCGAAGAGAGGUAAACAGCUGCUUAUAUACUCUGCCUGUUAACUGAAAGAUUAGAUGGGCUCGCUCCUCCCGAACUUACGUUUAGGAACCUCAUCUGGGCUCUUUAUCUCUCGGUGUUUCGGUUCGGUCAGUGAUUGUUUCUGUAUUUCUGCAGGUCUCGUGCACCGGUGUGAUGGCGACCGCUCGCGCUCCGUUACUUCCGUUAUUCACCGCAUCUGUCCGACGUUACUGAAUAUAUAAAAACAUUAGAUCAGAAACGAGCGACAUGGGGUCGGUUCUCCUCCACUGCUUCACUGUUCUGAUGUUUUUCAGCACCGGUAGUUCUGCUUUACCGAACCGGACCAGCAGCGUCCGUGAUGCGCAAUACGAAACCACCGACAGUAAUAAAGACUCUUUAAGAAUCAGUGAUUUAAACACUAAGUCGAGACCAGAGCUACAGGAUAACAACAGUGCUGUGAGACGAUGGCAUGUUUUGGGCUCUGGGCGUGAGAUUGGGCCCCUGUGCGCCUACCGCACUGUGGACACAGGUGACCCCGGGCGACUGUGUUUCCGAUACACCCAGCCGGACUUCAGGUGCCCUGUCGCUUCCUGUCGGCAGGUGAGGUCACCCGAUGGGCAACUUACGGCAAAUAUCUUGUCCAACGGAAGUGUGUUUAUUCAGUGGACAGUCUCGGACUCCAGAGCGGGGCCCAUGCACACUGAGGCCCCACAGGGCCCGACUGCCCCACCAAAGAGCCCCUCAUUGGGCGGCUUCAGGCUCAGCUGCUGGUGGAACGGCAGCUAUUCGCAGUUCGAAUGCGCCGGGGUGCAUUUAGGCAGCAGCUGCAGGGAUUAUUUACUCAACGAGCUGCACAACAACGUCCCCUACCGCCUGUGCGUGCGGCCCUACGCCCUUGAGCGCGCCGAAGCCUGUGUGGAGUUCAGCCUCGCGCCCGGGGGGAUGCAGGACAUCGUUAUUGCCAUGACAACAGUGGGAGGAGCCAUCUGCGUGAUGCUGGUCAUCAUUUGUCUGCUGGUGGCGUACAUCACCGAGAACGUCAUGAAUCCGACGACGCAACACUCGCACAGAUCACACUUACACACACACCUGUGAAAACACAUUUACACACUGUUAUUGUGCAGUAUAUCUUCACACACACACACACUCAGGAUCAGAAAUCAAAUGCAGAAUCCGCAUUAAACACUGUUCCUGAAUACUGCAUACUGCAAUACUGCAUAUUUUGCUUCAUUUAUGCUUGGGGGGGGGCAUAAGGUUAAUUUGGGGGGGCAAAGCCCACCCCAGCACCCCUUUAGAUCCGGCCCUGUUAUGCAUACAGAUAAUAUGCAUACUGUAAGAACAUUAUUGUAGUACGCCAUUCCGAACACAGCCGCACACAUACUACAUACACCGAUGAGUUAUCUUCGUGCGUUUAAGCGCAUUUCAUCUGUAGUCUCAUUUAAUAAUCCCAUGUACCAAAACAACUGUGCACUCAUUGAUAGUUAGACUGAUAUUUAUAUGAAUAAUUGUUCUUGAAAGUUAAAAGAUAACUACAUGUAAAGACUUUAUGUAGGUUAUUAAUGAUUUUUUCUGUUGAUGUAUAACUGCAGUAAGGAGGCAAAAUGUUUUACUUUUAUUAGAGGGAAUCUGUAGUUUUGUACUCUAAUGUUCUCUGUGUUAUACCCAAUAAUUUACAGUAUUUACUCUUUUAAUUCUGAGUUAGUAAUAUUCACCAAAAUGAGAACAAACGGGCUGACUGAACAGUCAUUUAAAUACUGUGCUAUUUUCCCCUCUGUAACACAAACCUUGUUUUGUGCCAAU